AUGGAGCUUCCUUUUUUUUUUUGUCGUCCGUGCAGCGGUGCCGUCGCUGGAUGUGAUUUUCAUCUGGUCGGGGGCACAGACCGACACUCACAGAGCAGACAUCUUCGUUUUGAUCUCCAGUUCAAGUUCAGCCUCAGUCUCAAUCUUGACUGUCCCAUACACUGGGUCUCUCACUUUAGACAUACUGCAGGUGCACAAUACCCACCCGACGUCAAGAUGCCCUCAACAUUACAAAAGGCCCGCAAGCACAUUGCGAAGAAGCGCAACGGCCACGACCUGGCCCUGCAUGAGUUCUCCAGAGACUCUAAGCGUCUUCACAAGGCGUCGAUAAGAGACCAGAAGCUAGAGAAGCUCCAUGCCUCAAGAAACAAGAAGGAACAGCCCUUGCUUGACCGUGCCCAUUACUUCCAAAAGGCUGUCCAGGAAAAGGGACCUGGUCCGUUUGAGCUGCCCGCCGUACAGGAACUCAUCCACAAGUUUGUGCACCAAUACGACGAAGAGUACGCUGAGGUCAAGAAAACCCGCCGGCCCGGGCGCCCUGCGAGCCCCAAGGAGGACCUGUUGAAGCAGAAGAUUGCAAACCUGGAAGAGGAGUACAGGAUCGGCUUCUACCUUCCUGACCUCCUGAAUGAGUCUAACACCAUCCUACUCGACCUCUGGGAGGGCUCAUGGUCUUACCUGACCUCCGUCGCCUGGGUCAAAAUCACAAACGACGGCACCAUCAAGCAGUCCAGCUUUCCUCCCAAGGGCAGCUCCUGA